CUUCCUCUCAGCCAUCCCUUCCUCCCACCCCAAGCCGCACCCCCAUCUACCUACUAACCUCAUCCCACCUCCUUGACCUGUCCGUCUUCCCUGGACUGACCUUUUCUCUCCUCUCCACCUUCGGUCCGCCUCCCCCUCUCUCCCUAUUUAUUCCAGUUCCCUCUCCCCGUCCCCCUCUCUGAAGAAGGGUCUAGGCCCGAAACGUCAGCUUUUGUGCUCCUGAGAUGCUGCUUGGCCUGCUGUGCUCAUCCAGCCUCACAUUUUAUUAUUUUAGGAGAGAGAGCUGUUUUGGUUUGUGAUACAAGAGACGAGGCUGUCUAUGCCUUUCACCCAUCGGUAGCUCUCCUCCUGUCCCUGCCUCUAUGCACAUACUCUGCCAGGCAUAGUCUUCCUCCCUCUGUGUGUGUGUGUCUCUCUCUCGCUUCAGCUCCUAAAACCUCAGAUGCAUCGGAUAUAAAAACACGCACAUAAACACACACACACAUCAACAAGCCAUGGAGAAAGAUCAGGAAUUACUGCAAGCUGUCAAAACCGAAGAUGUAGCUGCAAUGCAGAAGCUGUUGCAAAGGCCGAAACAAGGCAAAGCGAGUUGGUACGAUCUUCGUUCGAGAAGGAAAAGGGAUGUUCCAGAUACAGAAAAUCGUCAAACCAUUUACUACAAAGUCCGUUUCUGGGUGGAGUUAGUGGAACCGAAAAAGAUGUCUCCCUCACAGCGUUUGUGACAAAAGAGUUGCGUUGUUCCUUGGCGGCCUUUCAACAGAAGAAUAUUCAGAGAUUUCACGAGUGUAAUUGCAUGACACUUUGACUGGUUCGUUGAGAGUGAGGAACCUAUGGACUCUCACACACCAAGAUGGAAUUUAGUUCGAAGAGUGACUUCAAAAUGUUCCGCAAGUUUUAGCGUAAACUGGUGGAGACUUUCGGUGCUUGCAAAAAGGCUCACCUCUCCGUUAAUACCGAAGGAAAAUGGGAGUUUAAAAAUGGUUGGAUAUUGGAUUCAUUUUAAAUGAGGAACCAUACGAUUAGACUGUUUUGAUGAGGAAUUUAAAGAUUACGAGUCGUGUCCGUUUGACUCACAGUUUUGUUCCAUAGGUUGGUACGAUCUUCGUUGGAGAAGGAAAAGGGAUGUUCCAGAUCCAGAAAAUCGUCAAACCAUUUACUACAAAGUCCGUUUCUGGGUGGAGUUAGUGGAACCGAAAAAGAUGUCUCCCUCACAGCGUUUGUGACACAAGAAUUGCAUCGUUCCUUGGCGGCCUUUCAACAGAAGAAUAUUCAGAGAUUUCCCGAGUGGUGCCUAUUUUUCCCAAAGAAAAGGACCCAUCACUGAGCGGGAAGUAUGGAGAAUGUUCUCGACAUCAGUGAUUGUGAUGUCGGUUCCUGGAAAGCCUCCAUUGUUGGAGGACGAGAAGCCAUAUCCAAUUGAAGCAGCAUAGGCUUUUGCGAUGACUGUGGAAACCACUGCUUAUGCCUUGCUUCAAGCGUUGUCAAGGAAUGAUACUGACUAUGCAACACCGAUUGCGAGGUGGCUAACGAUGCAACAGAACUAUGGUGGUGGAUUUCACUCGACGCAGACAACAUCAGGUGAAGAUGUGCGUGAUUUCAGCAAGGUGCUGAAAAAUAAGUUCAGAUCAAAGAAACACUUUGCCAAACAUCCUCGCUUGAGUUAUUUACUCGUACAAACAGUUCUAGAAGGCGAGAACCUUGAGAGUAGCACGCUGAGUAUUGUUAUCCCGAUAGUUCUUUCGUAUCAGUCCGUGUGUAUUCCUGGGCGAAUGUGCUCGUGUGGUCUCAGGAGUUGCGGAGGUCACGGCUCUGGGACAGCCGUUUCAUCGCUCUAUGCUGCAGAACCUACCCCGGAAGAGAGAGCCCAGAGAAUUGCCAAAGCUGUCCGCAAACAGUCAACAGAAGUGAAGGAAAAUUGGGAGCAAUUGAAAACCCGUGCGAGCAACUGGCAGAAACAGGUGGAAAAGGCGUUGGAGAAACUUCAAGAACUGCAGAAAGCGCUGGAUGAUCUUGAGGCUCAUGUGAUAACAGCUGAGGGGGUCCACACUGAUUGGCAACCUGUGGGUGACCUGCUUAUUGACUCAUUGCAGGAUCACAUUGAUAAAACCACAGGUAAGGACUAUCUGCAAAAUCUGAGAUUGGGUUUUGAAAGACAGCAGCCUUUGUUUUGGAGAGAUAAUGGGAACUGCAGAUGCUGGAGAACGCGAGAUAACACCGUGUGGAACUGGAUGAAGACAGCAGGCCAAGCAGCAUCUCAGGAGCACAAAAGCUGACGUUUCGGGCCGAGAACCUUCUUCAGAAAAUGGGGAGGGGGUGCGGGUUCUGGAAUAAAUAGGGAGAGAGGGGGAGGCGGAUGGAAGAUGGAUGGAGGAGAGUACGGGUAGGGAGGCAGGGAGGGGAUAGGUCAGUCUGGGGAGGCCGGACAGGUCAAGGGAGCGGGAUGAAGGGAAAUAGGGGUGCGGCAUGAGGUGGGAGGGGGGAUGGGUGAGAGGAAGAAUAGGUUAGGGAGGCAGGGACGAGCUGGGCUGGUUUUGGGAUGCAGUGGGAGGACAGGAGAUUUGGAAGCUUGUGAAAUCCACACUGAUACCAUUGGGCUGCAGGGUUCCCAAGCAGAAUAUGAGUUGCUGUUCCUGCAACCUUCGGGUGGCGUCAUUAUGGCACUGCAGGAGGUCCAGGUUGGACAUGUCCUCUCAGGAAUGGGAGGGGGAGUUGAAAUGGUUCGUGACUGGGAGGUGCAGUUGUUUAUUGCAAACUGAGCGUAGGUGUUCUGAAAAGUGGUCCCCAAGCCUCUGCAUCGUUUCCCCAAUGUGGAGGAAGCCACAACGGGGACAGCGGAUGUUUUGGAUAUUUCUUAAGCAUUGAUUUUCAUUCAGAGUUGGUUGGAUUUUGCUGAAGCAAUAGACAUAACUCACUAUGACAUAGACAAUGUCAGAGUUAAUGUUUCGCGUCCUGUGACCCUUCCUCAGAUCUCACUCUUCACUGAUGCUGCCAGACCUGCUGAGCUUUUCCAGCAACUUCUGCUUUUGUUGCUGAUUUACAGUGCCCACAGUUAGAACAUAGAACAUAGAACAGUACAGCACAGAAAAGGCCCAUCAGCCCACAAUGUUGUGCCGACCAUUGAUCCUCAUGUAUGCACCCUCAAAUUUCUGUGACCAUAUACAUGUCCAGCAGUCUCUUAAAUGACCCCAAUGACCUUGCUUCCACAACUGCUGCUGGCAACGCAUUCCAUGCUCUCACAACUCUCUGCGUAAAGAACCUGCCUCUGACAUCCCCUCUCUACUUUCCACCAACCAGCUUAAAACUAUGACCCCUCGUGCUAGCCAUUUCUGCCCUGGGAAAUAGUCUCUGGCUAUCAACUCUAUCUAUGCCUCUCAUUAUCUUGUAUAUCUCAAUUAGGUCCCCUCUCCUCCUCCUUUUCUCCAAUGAAAAGAGACCGAGCUCAGUCAACCUCUCUUCAUAAGAUAAGCCCUCCAGUCCAGGCAGCAUCCUGGUAAACCACCUCUGAACCCUCUCCAAAGCAUCCACAUCUUUCCUAUAAUAGGGCGCCCAGAACUGGACGCAGUAUUCCAAGUGCGGUCUAACCAAAGUUUUAUAUAGCUGCAACAAGAUCUCACGACUCUUCAACUCAAUCCCCCUGUUAGUGAAAGCCAAAACACCAUAUGCUUUCUUAACAACCCUGUCCACUUGGGUGGCCAUUUUAAGGGAUCUAUGUAUCUGCACACCAAGAUCCCUCUGUUCCCCCACGCUGCCAAGAAUCCUAUCCUUAAUCCUGUACUCAGCUUUCAAAUUCGACCUUCCAAAAUGCAUCACCUCGCAUUUAUCAAGGUUGAACUCCAUCUGCCACCUCUCAGCCCAUCUCUGCAUCCUGUCAAUGUCCCGCUGCAGCCUACAGCAGCCCUCUACACUGUCAACGACACCUCCGACCUUUGUGUCGUCUGCAAACUUGCUGACCCAUCCUUCAAUUCCCUCGUCCAAGUCAUUAAUAAAAAUUACAAACAGUAGAGGCCCAAGGACAGAGCCCUGUGGAACUCCACUCACCACUGACUUCCAGGCAGAAUCUUUUCCUUCUACUACCACUCGCUGUCUUCUGUUGGCCAGCCAAUUCUGUAUCCAAGCAGCUGAGUUCCCCUGUAUCCCAUUCCUCCUGACCUUCUGAAUGAGCCUACCAUGGGGAACCUUAUCAAAUGCCUUACUGAAGUCCAUAUACACCACAUCCACAGCUCGACCCUCAUCAACUUUUCUAGUCACAUCCUCAAAACCUCGAUAAGGUUUGUAAGGCAUGACCUACCCCUCACAAAGCCGUGUUGACUGUAUUUGAUCAAGCCAUGCUCUUCCAGAUGGUCAUAAAUCUUAUCCCUCAGAAUCCUUUCCAACAACUUGCAGACGACAGACGUGAGACUUACCGGUCUAUAAUUGCCAGGGAUUUCCCUAUUUCCUUUCUUGAAGAGACGAAUUACAUUUGCCUCUCUCCAGUCCUCAGGUACGACUCCAGUGGAGAGCGAGGAUGCAAAGAUCUUCGCAAGUGGCGAAGCAAUUGCAUUCCUCGCUUCCCAAAGCAGCCGAGGACAAAUCUGAUCCGGGCCUGGCGACUUGUCAAUCUUAAUGUUUGACAAAAUUUUCAGCACAUCAGCUUCGUCCAUCUCUAUCCAUUCCAGCAUGCACACCUGCUCUUCAAAGGUUUCAUUCACGACAAAGUUCGUUUCUUUCGUAAAGACAGAAGCAAAAAACUCAUUUAGGGCUUCCCCUACCUCCUCAGGCUCCACACACAAGUUCCCUAUGCCAUCCCUGAUCGGCCCUAUGACGCAGGCAAAACUCUAUCUCUGCAGGAAGCAUGAUGCUGUGUUCUCAAACUUCCCUGCCUUUUUGUCAUAUAAUAUUGUCUUUUUAGGACAGAAGUGGCUUUUUUUUGUUUGCUUUGACUUGUGCACAUACUUUCUAUGCAUGUUAAAAUUCUACACCUUUUCAGUUCACUGCAGUGCUGCAUAAUGAAGACUUGGAACAAUUUUUUUUAUAAAGUAGAAAAUCAGUGUGGUUUGUUUUCCAAAAUGUGAUGUGUAAGUGCAACACUUAACAGUGUGUUCAUCAAACUAUUGUUUCCUUUGAUCUUUGUGUUGCAGAAAUUUCUAGAAUCAUUUCAUAUAUAUUUUUCUUGAUAUAUUUAGCAGCUUUCCUGGAGCAAGUCUGGUUUCCUUCGGAUGAGACGACUUUCAGACAUACUCCCUUUAUUAUGAGAUUUAAUUGCAGUAAAAUGAGGAGGAUUUUUAUUCACUGAGACACACAUGA